AUGGAUGGGCUAUCAUCAGCAGCCAACGUCUUCGGGGCCAUUGCACUGACGGGCAGUAUUGUUAAAAUCUGUGGUAGUUAUAUUACUGAGGCCAAAAACGCUCGAGAUGACAUCUUCACUCUGCAGAGAAGUGCAGCAGGACUUGAGAACAUUCUUCUGAGCCUAGCAAAGAUUCUCCAAGGCCGUGGGGCUAUGGAGCUAUCAGUUUCCUCAAAUAUUUCGGAUGAUAUUGAUAACUGCAUCUCGGAUCUUGAGGCCCUAGAAACGAAGAUCAAUCCAAGGCAAAAGAAGGGAGUGAUGAGAAGGUUUGGCCUGCGAUCCUUGAAAUGGCCUAUUCAGCGUCCAGAGAUAGACAGAUUGGUCGAAAACCUCGAGAGAUAUAAAUCAUUAUUCAUAUUAUCUAUGCAAGUUGACCAAACUGUUCUUCUGACCGAAGUCGCUCAAAGCUUGGAGACCUCCAAGGACACUAUCAAUCUUGACAAGCUUUCGGUCGCGCGUGGGGCCGAAUUUGACUCCUUCUUGGAUCAGCACGAGCAAGUGUGUCUGCCAGGUACUAGAACAGAGAUAAUCGAUAAUGUCAUUGCAUGGGCAACAUCGCCUGAAGAAAGAUGUAUGUUCUGGCUGAAUGGUAAGGCAGGGACAGGAAAAUCAACUAUCUCCCGAACACUUGCCAAAUUUCUCAAGGAAAAAAAGGUUCUAGGAGCUAGUUUCUUUUUCAAAAGAGGAGAGGCCGAUCGAGGAAAUGCGAUGAAAUUGUUCUCGACAAUUACGAGGCAGCUACUCAUUCACAUACCUCAAUUGGCUCCAGGGAUUCAAAAGAGUCUUGAGGCUGAUCCCGAGGUCGCAUGCAAAUCUUUGACGGAACAAUUUGACAAAUUGAUACUACAGCCUCUGAAAAGCGUUAAACAAGCUCAGCUAUCACUCUCGAAAGCUUGUACCUAUCACAAUAUGGUAAUUAUCAUUGAUGCAUUGGAUGAGUGUGCAAGAGACGAAGAUAUAAGAGCGAUUCUUCGAUUACUACCAGCUCUACAGGAGUCAGAAAUCAUUCGCCUCGGAGUGUUUAUUACAAGUAGGCCCGAGCUACCAACUCGCCUAGGAUUCUCCCAGAUGCAAAAGCUUGGUUAUCGAUCUGUUGUUCUCGAUGAGGUCCCGUGGUCAGUGAUACAGCACGACAUAUCUCUAUUUUUGAGACAUCGACUUUCGGAGAUAGGAAGUGACCGGAACUUACCAUGCAACUGGCCCAUGGAAAGCGACAUUCAAUCGCUUGUAAAAAUGUCAACCCCCCCUGUUUAUUUUUGCUGCUACCGCUUGCCGUGUCUUGGAGGACCCCCAAUGGGACCCAGAAGAGAGCUUGAGGAAGCUGCUCAUAUACCAGAAUGA